CUUUGUUCAGAUUCGCCAUUUUGCGAGGCAGCGGCAGUGGCGGCGGCGGCGGCGGCUGGAGCCUCUGAUUGGGUUUCGGGGUCCGGUACUGGAGCCAAUCAGCGCGGGCAGCGAACCGGGGGAGCGAGGCACGGAAUCCCUACCUGGCAGCUGCCUGGGAUCUAUAGAGUGAAGCUUCAGGACUCUUAACGUGCCUGGGCCAUGGAGCAGUACACGACAAACAGCAAUAGUUCCACAGAGCAGAUCGUGGUGCAGGCCGGCCAGAUUCAGCAGCAGCAGCAGGGUGGUGUCACUGCUGUCCAGCUGCAGACUGAGGCCCAGGUGGCAUCCGCCUCAGGCCAGCAAGUCCAGACCCUCCAGGUAGUCCAGGGGCAGCCAUUAAUGGUGCAAGUCAGUGGAGGCCAGCUUAUUACAUCAACUGGGCAACCCAUCAUGGUGCAGGCUGUACCUGGUGGACAAGGCCAAACCAUCAUGCAAGUACCUGUGUCUGGAACACAGGGUUUACAGCAAAUACAGUUGGUGCCUCCUGGACAGAUCCAGAUCCAGGGUGGGCAGGCUGUGCAGGUGCAAGGUCAGCAGGGUCAAACCCAGCAGAUCAUCAUUCAGCAGCCACAGACUGCAGUCACCGCUGGUCAAACUCAGACACAACAACAGAUUGCUGUCCAGGGACAACAAGUGGCCCAGACUGCCGAAGGACAGACUAUUGUCUACCAGCCAGUUAAUGCCGAUGGCACAAUUCUCCAGCAAGUUACAGUCCCUGUUUCAGGCAUGAUCACUAUCCCAGCAGCCAGUUUGGCAGGGGCACAGAUCGUUCAGACAGGAGCCAACACCAACACAACCAGCAGUGGACAAGGGACUGUCACUGUGACACUGCCAGUGGCCGGGAAUGUAGUCAACUCAGGAGGAAUGGUCAUGAUGGUACCAGGAGCUGGCUCUGUGCCUGCUAUCCAAAGAAUCCCUUUACCUGGAGCAGAGAUGCUGGAAGAAGAGCCCCUGUAUGUGAAUGCCAAACAGUAUCACCGCAUCCUUAAGAGGAGACAAGCACGGGCUAAGCUAGAGGCAGAAGGGAAAAUUCCAAAGGAAAGAAGGAAAUACCUCCAUGAGUCUCGGCAUCGGCACGCCAUGGCACGGAAGCGAGGGGAAGGGGGGCGCUUCUUCUCUCCAAAGGAAAAGGACAGCCCUCACAUGCAGGAUCCAAACCAAGCUGACGAAGAAGCCAUGACACAGAUCAUCCGAGUUUCCUAACCACGGGAAGGUGGCAGAGCUGAUCAGUCACGGUCCUCUCCACUGCUCUGGGAAUGGACUGACUUCCAGUGGGGCACUGACAGUGUCACUCUGCCCUUUCUUAGGACAGAAACUACUUAGCUCAGUAUUACAGCUGCAGUGAUGGCUGACGAACUGAAGUGGCAAGCUUUUGUCUCACCCUUUUAUUGAGGACCUGUUUCAGACUGUUGGACACUGACCUUUUGCAAAUUUGAAUGAUAAAAAGAGGUAUUUGCCAGCCCAGCAUUACAAACACAGCACUUACGUUGAGUGGUAAAGCCAGCCAGUCAGGCCUUGCAGUAGGGGAGAGCAGCCUUCUCACCCUGGUCCUCAGUCAAGGCAGCCACAGCCCCUGCCUCCCUGUGGCAUCUCAACAGCACCCAUCCCCUGGCGGGAUGGCGGGCUACCUAAUGCAUAGACACUUUGCACUCAGGUAGCUCCCAAGCAAAGAAACUUCCUGUUAGAACUUGGAGCAACAAACUGAGCUGCAGUCUCCUGACCCAUGCUGAUAAGACUCUGUCUGCCCACAUGCUAGGUUGGUAUUUUUUUACUUCAGCCAAGAAAGUACAAAAAGGAUAUUUUGGACUCAGGAUAAAAGGAUAGAUGGAUCUAAAUGGUACAAAUCUAGCUUUGACUGUUGUCUGCUCAUUUUUGUUAACGGCCAUCUGAUCUGAGUCAUAGUUCAUACUGUGGCCACUUACUUUAGUGACAGUUUAGAGGGUAAAGAACAAAGCUUCACAACAACUGUGCUGAAGUGUUGAGGAUGUUCACGAUUGUUCUUCAACAGAAGCAAACCUAAGACAUUUAAUCAUGGGCUUCAUGACAGCAAGUAGCAAAUGGAAGGAUCUGUGCAUUUCAAUCUAGAGAGCAAGGGUCCUGCUGGCCCAAGUGCUGCUUGAGAGCAUGAUUCUCUAGUGGAUGGAUACCAGGCAUGGCUCUUAGGCUGAAGAAACCAAGCCACAUUCACUCUGACACCUUCUGCCGUGCACUAACAGAGAAUCCUUAUAUUGCCUGAAGAAGCACUGUUGAGCCAGCUGUCCUGAAUGCAGACUGGAGCACUGCUGGAGCACUACUGGAGUGCAGAGGAGAGGAGAGCCAUGUGCUACACCCCUGCCUGGGUGCUGACCCGGAGGGUGAAUGUUCUUCCCGUGGCAGCUGAUUCUUUGGUGCCAGUUUCCACUUGUUUUCUCCUUUCUCUGUAGGCCUUGCAGCAAAGUUUGCUCGCUACGUCAGUGCUGUAGGGACCAACUGCAGCCUGCAAGGAUUCCUGCAGGGUCAGGAAUUGGGCCUCAGAAAUGUGUUUUCUGGACAAGCACUCUACCACUGAGCCACACACACACAUGCCCCAGCCCUGGCCCCGGCCCCAGCCCCAGCACCAGCCCUGUAGAUGCUGAGGCCUAGAAGAAAAGACCAACGUUGAUAUAACAGAAGAGUUGGCUGCCUUCUCUGCAGUCAAAGUCAAACGCAGUCAUUCCAAAGACUAAGAUACCUGUAGAGUCUAGAGACUGGCUCUUUGACUUUGUUCUGUGUUAAAGAUAGGAAAGACUAACCUUCUAAAGAAAUAUCAUGGGAGACCAGUUGAAUUGGAGAAGCAUGAAGUAAGCCAUCUCUUCCUACCCCCAGGAAUCUUGCCAUUUCUCCUGGCUUCCAGAGGUCAGAGGGGGCUGAUCCUUUUUUAGUAAACCCACUACAAACUUGUAGCUCUUCACAUAAGCUUCCAGAUGUUACUGAAAGCUGUGAGGAUCUCCACCUGUGAGGGGGAGAGGAUUCUAAGGGGAGGAUUCAGGGAUUCCUCAGACCUAACUGUAGUGCUCCAGCCAGCAAUUGGAGAACGCUAUUUAUGUGUGUCUGUAAGUUUGUACAUAACCCUAACCUCAUAUUGUUGCUGCGUUUCAUUUUGAGGAGGGCAAGUUUGAGUUUUCUUUUCUUUGAUGCAGAUGCUUGGGUUUCCAGUUUGUGGCUGCACUGCAGUUGGCCCCCGGCCCUGUCUUGUGUGGUCAUUCUAAUUCUGGCCCAGCAUAAGAAUAGCCCACAGAGGCCAGAGGGGCUCACUUGGGUUGAUUUUUGUUUGUUUGUUUGUUUGUUUAACUUAGUUCUUUUUACUUGUUCUUGUGAUUGUAGUGAUGGCUUCAAAGGUACAGAGUAAGUGGAGCAGUGGGCUGCUGGUCUAUGGGCACUCUACUUCCUGUUGCAAGAUAACUGUAAAUGUAUAUAUUUUAAUUGCACUGGUAAUGGGACAUGCCAGUGUCUAGACCACUGCACCAACAGCCUCUCCUGGCUACAGGGUGCCUGAUAAUAAUGUCUUGAUUUUCCUUUGGGACUCAACUAUGUAGGUCUCCCCCCCUUCCCCCUUCCCCACCCCUCCAGUAGGGGAGUACAGGUGAUCACUGAUGUCAUUGCAAUUGCUUUUCUUUUUUAAUAAAUUUAUAAAAAUACUAAAAAAUG